CACAAUCUCUGUCAUUCUAGCACAGCCUCAAGCUCUUCUCUCUCUUUCUUCAUGGUUUUUGUUUGUUUGUCUAGUUGAAAGAAGUACUGUAUAAAACAAGAAGGAAGAAGACAGCCUAGUGUUUUCUUGAAAGAAAAAUGCAAGGGGUAUGCUUUUUGCAGAGUGUGACCAGAUGCUGAUAAGUGGUUAUUUUUGGAACUUAGAAGUGCUGUAAGAAAGAGGAUGCCAUGCCAGCAAUGGUUUGCACAGCUGAUGAAUUGCUGGGCUGGAAAGAUUUCCCCAAGGGACUUAAGGUCCUUCUCAUUGAAAGCGAUGCUUGUUCUGCUGUAGAGAUGAGAUUAAAGCUUGAGGAAAUGGAUUAUAUAGUUUCCAUAUUCUGUAAUGAGAAUGAAGCUUUAUCAGCAAUUUCAAACAAAUCUGAGUGCUUCCAUGUUGCUAUCGUUGAGGUGAAUACCCAAAACUCUAGUGGCAUAUUCAAGUUUCUUGAAACCGCUAAUGACUUGCCCACCAUAAUGAUUUCAGACAACAAUUGCAGAAGCACCAUGAUGAAGUGCAUAGCGCUUGGUGCAGUUGAGUUCCUUCAGAAACCUGUGUCUGAUGACAAACUCCAAAAUAUAUGGCAGCAUGUAGUUCACAAGCAGGCAUUCAAUGCAGGAGGAAAGGAUGUCUCAGAAGCAUUGAAGCCUGUAAAAGAGUCCUUGAUCUCCAUGCUGCAGCUCCAGUUUGGAAAUGCUGAAACAGGUAAACAAGCUUCUGUGGAAGCAGAGCAAGAAAACAACCAGGAUUUACUUUCAGGUUGUGACAAGUAUCCAGCUCCUUCAACUCCGCAAUUGAAACAAGGGGAGAGAUCAUUAGAUGAUGGUGAUUGUCAGGAUCAAGCUAACUUCUCUAUGGAACAAGAUAGUGCAGAGCAAGAUGGGGAAUGUAAAUCUGUCGAAACCACUUGUGGCAAUUCAAUCUUUGAGUGUACUGCUUUGGGUAGCCCAGCUUCAGGAGAGGAUGCCGUCAAAGAAGAGCAUGAAUCAACUAACUGUUGCAGGACUGAGAUAAAUACUACUACUUGUUACGAGGGUAAAGAUCGCCCCAGUAAUAAAACUAGCAAUGCUGCUGGACUUAACAGAUCAUCUGCUGUUCGCGAUACUUGUGGGAUUAAGGCUAGUAAGAAGAGGUCAAAGGUAGACUGGACUCCUGAACUACAUAAGAAGUUUGUACAAGCAGUUGAGCAACUUGGUAUAGAUCAGGCUAUCCCUUCACGAAUACUAGAACUGAUGAAAGUGGAGGGGUUGACGAGACACAAUGUGGCUAGCCAUCUCCAGCAGAAAUACAGGAUGCACAGAAGACACAUUUUACCAAAGGAAAAUGAACGAAGAUGGCCUCAUCCAGGAGGUUCAGCACAAAGGAAUUAUUAUCCACAUAAACCUGUCAUGGCCUUCCCCCCAUAUCAUCCUAACCAUACGAUUCCAGGUGGUCAGGUUUAUCCUGCCUGGAUUCCUCCUGGCACUUAUACCGGUGGCAUCCAUAUAUGGGGUUCACCUUAUUAUCCUGGAUGGCAGGUGCCUAACGAGAGUUGGUACUGGAAGCCCUAUUCCGUGACGCAUGCAGAUGCAUGGGGAUGUCCUGUGAUGCCACAGACUGUUGGAUCCUAUCCCCAAUUUGCUCAACAGACUGCUCCUGAUUUCCAAACCACAAAAGAAAUGCAGUAUACAGGCAGCACAUUGUUAAAUCCAUCUGAUCUCCACGCUGCAGAGGAAGUAAUUGACCAGGUAGUGAAAGAGGCAAUAAGCAAGCCAUGGUUGCCACUUCCAUUAGGCCUAAAACCUCCCUCAACAGAGUGUGUCCUAAAUGAACUCUCCAAACAAGGCAUCUCCAAAAUCCCCCCUCACACCAAUGCCCCCAAUAUCCGCUGACGUGGCACCAGCAGGCCGAUGUGUCGCCGGCAAGAGGGUCCCAUGAGGAACAGCACAUCAUGAAGCGCGUGGUGUUCACGCGCCAAUCAUGCAACAUUUAACUGGAAAAAAAAAGACAAAAUAGGCUGAAAUCUUUGUGCUGCCAAUCCCAAAAUGCCAUAAGUUCCAACACUACACCAAAGUCCAAACACUGACGAGAUGACAGCAACAGGAGCUACAAGAAAGGCCCACUCUUUCAAAGUCUGAUCUGAUCUGAUUAUCUUGUCGCACUCGAGAGGGAACCAGCAACUACUGUAAAAGUUGUGAUGGUGCACUGGUAGCCAUUUUUCUCCUGCGGCUAAGUAUAUGCCGCGUAUAUGAGUUUGAAUUUUGGUAGCAUUUCUUGUUAGGAAAAUGUGGCUGUGAGUAAAGUCCUGCAAAUUGCAACAGUGCACAAUUUGUCCUGGAUUUCAGAUCAUGGGGUGAGGGGUCCUCCAAUAUAUACUGCUCCUUGUGGGUGGUGGGGGCUGUGGGAUGGGCAGGUGGCUGAAUGGUCAUGACCUCAUGGGGCCUUGUGGCAACUCGAGUAUGUAUGUAGUCAGGAGCUAUACAAUAUGAGGGGACUAUAGAGGGAUUUGCGAAUAAAAUUGACACUUCUAACAUUA